UCCACCCAUAUGAUCAUCUCUUUGGAGAAGCUAAUUAAUUAAUAAGAGACGUGCAGCUAGCUAAGGCAGGCAUGGCGGUUUUGAUGGUUACAUUAACAAUUCUCAUCAUUUCCUCAUUCCUCCUCAGACUCUCCUACAAAACCAUCUCUUUCUACUGGUUAACCCCCAGACGCAUCAAGAAAGCCAUGGAAAAACAAGGGGUGCGGGGCCCGGAUCCGCGGCCGCUUCUCGGGAACCUCCCCGACGUGGCGGCCCUGGUCGGGAAAUCCACCGCCGGCGACAUGGGGUCCGUCCACCACGACGUCGUUCCGCGGCUCCUGCCCCACUACGUCGCGUGGUCGGAGACGUACGGCCGGCGGUUUGUGUACUGGAACGGGGUGGAGCCGCGGCUGUGCCUGGCGGAGCCGGACUUGAUCCGGGAGCUUUUGUCCCGGCACACCGCCGUCACCGGAAAGUCGUGGAUGCAGCGGGAGGGGUCGAAGCACUUCGUCGGCCGGGGGUUACUGAUGGCCAACGGCGGCGAUUGGUAUCAGCAACGCCACAUUGUUGCGCCAGCCUUCAUGGGUGACAAACUCAAGAGUUAUGCGGGCUACAUGGUGGAAUGCACCGGGGAGAUGCUUGAAGGGAUGGAAAAGGAAGUGGAGAAGGGAAGAGAUGAGCUGGACAUAGAGAGUUGGAUGACUCGGCUGGCCGCCGACAUAAUAUCCCGGACGGAGUUCGGGAGCAGCUACGACAAGGGCAAGCGCAUUUUCCAUCUCCUCACUCUUCUACAGCGCCUCUCCGCCCAAUCUACCCGCCACUUGUGCUUUCCCGGCAGCCGGUUCUAUCCAAGUAAAUACAACAAUGAGAUAAAAUCGUUGAAAAGUGAGGUGGAGGGUUUACUAAUGGAGAUCAUAAGAAGCCGGAGAGAGAGCGCCGAGAUCGGGCGGAGCAGCACCUACGGCGACGACCUACUGGGACUGUUACUGACGGAGAUGGAGGGGAAUAUUCCCCACAGCAAGAAGGGAAUAUUCCGUCUGAACUUGCCGUUGAUAAUGGACGAGUGCAAGACCUUCUUCUUCGCCGGCCACGAGACGACGGCGCUUCUGCUCACUUGGACCGUGAUGCUCCUCGCUACUAACCCUUCAUGGCAAGAGAGGGUUCGAGAAGAAACCAUGCAGGUCUGCAAUGGCGGCCCUCCCUCCAUUGAUCACCUCCCCAAGCUCACCUUGCUAAACGCAGUGAUAAAUGAAUCACUCCGGCUAUACCCGCCGGUGACACUGCUGCCACGGAUGGCGUUCGAAGACUUCAAGCUCGGCGACCUUCACAUUCCAAAGGGUCUAUCAAUAUGGAUUCCGGUACUAGCCCUCCAUCACAGUGAAGAAAUAUGGGGAAAAGACGCAAAUGAGUUCAACCCAAACAGGUUUCUCUCAAAGCCAUCCCACGUGGCUGCCCGGAGUUCUUUCCUCCCUUUUGCCGCCGGCCCCCGGAACUGCAUUGGCCAAUCCUAUGCUUUGAUGGAAGCCAAGAUUGUGUUGGCCAUGUUGAUGUCAAAGUUCAGUUUUCAGAUCUCGGAGAGCUAUCGUCACGCUCCCGUGGUUGUCAUUAGUAUCAAACCUAAGCACGGCGUUCAAAUCCGUCUCAAGCCUUUGACCAACAAGUGACCGGUCGUGCUCUGAGUCAAGCCUGCGCGGAUUUAUUUUUGUAUGUUUUUUUUUGUGGAGAGUUUCUUUUUUUCCCUUUCUAUACACAACCUUUUUUGUAUACAACAUUUUUGCUGAGGCCAAUGCUUAUAUUAGGCCUAAUGGUAUACAUAGUGAAAACUAAAUUUUGAGAGGUUGAAUUGUACUCCCUCCGUCUCACAAAAAAGUUCCUAUUUUGACCAUUAAUUAGUCAAAUAUUUACAUGCUUUGACCACAUAUUAAAUAUAAUCUAAAUAAAGAAAUGCUAAAAAAAUUU